AUGAAUUUCAUGGGCGAGGACAAAGAUGAUAAUGAUAAUGGUGAUGAUAGUUAUAUUGAUGAUAUCGAUGAUAUAUUGGGUGACAUUUGUACGGCCACCACUGUUGGUGUUGAUGAAGACAUGGCCCCACAUCCUGUGCAAACCAACACAAUUGAUCUCAAACCAACCACUUUUGAGAAGCUGUUAGAAGAUGCUCGGCGUCCACUUUAUGAUGGAGGUAGUUUACAGAAUCUUAAUGAGACCUUUAUUGCUUUAAUUCCUAAAGUAAAGACUCCAAAGUUGGUCACUGAUUUUAGGUCCAUAAGUCUGUGCAAUUUCCAUUACAAGAUCAUCUCCAAAUCCAUUGCAAACAGACUUAAUAAAGUAUUGCCUGAGGUCAUUUCACCUACACAAUAUGCUUUUGUACUUGGUAGAUUAAUCUCAAAUAGUGUAAUUGUGGCUAUUGUGGCUUUUGAGGCUCUUCACUCCAUGAACAACAAGUUGCAAGGGAGGAUGGGAUAUAUGGCUAUGAAGCUCAACAUGAGCAAAGCAUAUGAUCGAAUUGAAUGGGACUUCCUCCAAGCUGUGUUGUCUAAUGGUAAAUGGAACCCUCCAGCAGACCUUUACAUCAAGAGGGAUUUGUCUCUGUACCUGUUCAUCCUUUGUGCUGAAGUGCUAAGCAAAAUGUUGAACCAAGCUGAGGCUCGAGGUGACAUAUAUGGUAUUCCAAUUGCUAGGGGUCAAUUGCAUAUUAACCAUCUAUUUUUUGCAGAUGACAGUCUACACUUUUGCAAGGCUAAUGCAAUGGAGUGGAGUAGAUUGAUUGACAUCCUGUCCAUGUAUGAGAAGGCCUCAGGUCAGAGGUUAAACAAAGACAAAACUUCUAUCCAAUUCAGCAGGAAUACCCCUCAACUUGCUCAAGCCUUAAUCCUAUAG